CAGCUGCUACCUCCUCCUACUCCACAAUCACUCCGGCCGCUCACUCCACAAACAUACAUCCUCCACCAUCACCACGCCGCUACAUCUGCAUCGGCACUGCCAGCCAUACUAUAUUGCGCCUAUUGUAUUGAUACCCAUCCAUCUGCUCUGCACUGCCCACGACGCGGCUUCCUCUUCCCUCUUCCUCUCACGUCGUUACACCUCCAUUCCGACGACAUGUCUACACACGCUGCGCCCUCGCAAAACUACGACUACCUGCGCCGCAAGCAGAGCACAAAGGCCACGCCCGUCUCCUCCGUCACUCCCGCGCGCAGGCCCACGAGAACCGCCAGCGAGCGGAACAGCAACGGCACAGUGAGCUCCUACAGCACCACCGAGACCCAUGAGACUGCCAUCACAGAGCCGCCCACCUACUCCAAGAAGCUUGUAGUCGUUGGAGAUGGCGGCUGCGGAAAGACAUGUUUGUUGAUCAGCUACAGCUCCGGCAACUUCCCAGAGAAAUAUGUGCCAACUGUCUUCGAGAACUACAUUACCCACACCCCUCACCCUCCAACUGGCAAGAUGGUCGAACUUGCACUGUGGGACACGGCUGGCCAAGAAGAGUACGAUCGGUUGCGUCCACUAUCUUACCCUGAAACCGACAUCAUCUUCGUAUGCUUCGCUAUUGACUGCCCCAACUCGCUCGAGAAUGUUAUGGACAAGUGGUAUCCUGAAGUACUGCACUUUUGCCCAACCACCCCUCUGAUGCUACUGGGACUCAAGUCAGAUCUGCGAAACAAGAAGAACUGCAUCGAGCUUCUCAAGACUCAAGGGCUCACACCCGUCACCCCCGAGCAAGGUCGCACCGUCGCCAAAAAGAUGGGCGCUAUGUACAUGGAAUGCAGCAGCAAAGAGCAAGAUGGUGUGGAAGAGAUCUUCGACAUGGCAGUAACUAUGGCCGUAGGUGACGAGUACAAGACCCCAGAGAUCUCGUCGUCAUCGGCGCCACGGCCUGCGUUUCCCGCAGGUGGUAAGAAGACCAAGAAGCGGGAAAAGUGCACCAUUCUCUAAGUGGGUGCGACCCCGUUGUUCUCGUCCGUUCCUCGGGAUUGGUGCCCUCACCUAUCUUGCCCGCGCAUCCUGAGCUACCCUCUUCUCUACAAUCGAUGGGUUCAGGUCACGGAACGACACGAUUAUAUCGAUAUCACGACGCUGGACGACCCAAUCAAGAUGCUUAACGACCUCACCAUGAAUGCUCUUGAUUUUUCUGCGACUCGGGCGACGCUUCAUCAAGGUUGGCAGCCAAGGAUAUGAUUGAUUGGUGCUGCCAUUCCGUUUCUCUCUCUAGCCAUGUUACUUUUCGACCUGUUCUUUUGCAAGCGAAAAGAGUGAUAUUUUCGAACUGGGCUUCGAUGUCUCCCUCUAAUACAUAAGCAUGUGUGUACCUUUGUAAGUGGCUGCUACAGUUGGUGUUGGCGUUGGCAAACAAAGUGGGGGAAUAUGCGAAGAGGAACUUAUGUUUUCCUUCUUCUUGACUCCCGUCUCCUUUUCU